AUGGUUGCAGGAAAGAACCAGACGAAAAGAAGGUUUAACUACUGCCUACUCUGGCUGUCCAUAGAGGCAUCGAGGAUCAUUGGGGGUCAGGAGGUUGUGCCGUACUCCAUCAAAUAUCAGGCAUCCCUGCAGACUGAAACUGGGCAACAUUACUGUGGUGGGACCUUAGUGCACUCACAGUGGGUGGUGUCUGCUGCCCACUGCUGGAGGCCGAGCACUCUGAUGAGGGUGGUGUUAAGUGAACACAGCCUGACCAUAACAGAGGGAUUUGAGCAGGUUUUCAAUGUCUCAAAGAUAUAUGUCCACAACUUUAACUACAAGACAUUCAACAAUGACAUCAUGCUCAUUAAGCUGAGUGACUCAGCACUGCUGAAUGCCAAUGUCCAGCCAGCUGAUCUGCCUGAUGAAAACACUCCUCCACUUAUUGAUGAUGUCUGCACAGUGAGCGGCUGGGGGGUGACACAGAUUUACAGCUUCUACCUCUCCCCUGUCUUACGUGCUGUGGAUGUGAGAAUACAGCCUUACUGCUCGUAUUUCUACUGGGGCAGGAUCACCCCAAACAUGGUGUGUGCUGGGUCACCAAUGGGUGGCAAAGAUUCCUGCCAGGGUGACUCUGGUGGUCCGCUUAUUUGCAAUGGCUACUUCGAGGGAAUUGUUUCAUGGGGUAUCAGCUGUGCAAAUCCAUACUUCCCUGGGGUCUACACCAAAGUGAGGAACUUUGUCCAGUGGAUCAACUGGAUUAUUAACAAUGACACGCCAUAA